CUUUAGACACAGAGGUUUGGCCUGCAGCCUGCUGCCAUGUGUAAUUGAUGAGGCGAGCAGCUGAGCGUGGCUCUCAGCAGCUGCAGCAGCUCUUCACCUCCAUGGAAGCAUCCAGAUCUGCUGAGCAGAGCUUGGGUUUGAGCAGCUGAUGGAGCUUAGCGUCUGGUGCUGGAGGAGCACACCACAAGCUCAUGGCCUGAUACAGACACCCUGGGGUUAAAACGCCGGCUCCUUCUCUGAGGCCUCUGUCCCUCACGUGAUAUCAGCAGAACAAGCCCAGCAGCCUUGAGUUUGAGGUCACCGCCUGACUUGUGUGCGCUCUGGACUUUUUACCGUGCGGAGCUGGGCUUGGCUGGUUCCACUGGCGGUGACGUCUCCGGUGGAGCCCUAGUUAUAGUUACCAGGCUCGGGUUCAGGGCUCAUGCACUAUUCAUGGCUGUCUCAUAUCACCUGAGCCCCACUUCACAGCGGACGUCUUCACAGCGUCAGACUGCUUCGCUCGCUCGCUCUCACAGACCCAUCCACUGACCUCUCCAGAGGAAGGAGGCCUCGGCUGGACGCGAGCUUCGUCCUCACCACCUCACCACCAUCACAGAGCCUGCGCUCGGACCACGCUCACGGCUUGGUUGUCUGCUGCUCCCAUAACGGUCAGUCUUUUGUUCUGUCACCUGUGCUUCAUCAGCUGCGCAGAUAGCAGUGACUAAAGAUGCUGAGGGAUGUCCAGGGUGGAGAUGUUACGGCGAGUGAAAGGUCUCCAGGUUAAUUGUGGAUCUGAGGUCAGCUGAUGUGAAUAAUUCAAACCCCAGUGAGGACCAGACUCAUGUCGCUGCUGAUCACUGCUGUCGGCGGCGGUAAGAGAGUCCAGGCUCCUGAGCUGAGAGAACAGGACUUCAGCACUUCAGCCACUGGAGAACACACAGGAUCAAAUACGCUGACCGAACAGCAGGAGUGUGGAUGUUCCCGCAUGACACAGAUAUAUACACCCGCAUAAAAUAACGCAUGAGGGCUUCAGCUCUGUGAAGUCAUACCACCGUGCAGCAAAUGGAAAGUGAGCUGGACUGAAGUCAAACCAAAGUGAAUGGUGAAAGCAAAAUAAAAGCCGAGCGCUGACUGAGACAGAGGAGCUCCCAUGACGUCACGAGUUCACUGCUGUGGUUGUUUCAGAGCACUGCCUCACCAUGAAGCGCAGCAAGCACCGCGGACACAAGGAGGAGCGGCACGGAGAUGAGCCCGCCAUCCUGGAGACGCAGAACCUGGACCGGGAGCUGUUCCUGAGCGGCCUCGGGGACCCGGACACCGUCUCCCUGGCCUCCGUCACGGCGGUCACCACCAACGUGUCCAACAAGCGGUCCAAGCCAGACAUCAAGAUGGAGCCCAGCGCCGGUCGAGCGGUGGAUUACCAGAUCAGCGUGACUGUGAUCGAAGCCCGGCAGCUGGUGGGGCUGAACAUGGACCCCAUGGUGUGCGUGGAGAUCGGGGAGGAGAAGAAGUACACGUCCAUGAAGGAGUCCACCAACUGUCCCUACUACAACGAGUACUUCGUCUUUGACUUCCACCUGCCUCCAGACGUCAUGUUUGACAAGAUUCUCAAGCUGUCGGUCAUCCACUCCAAAAACCUGCUGCGCAGCGGGACCCUGGUCGGCACCUUCAAACUGGACGUGGGCACCAUUUACUCCCAGCCAGAGCACCAGUUCUACCACAAGUGGGCCUUGCUGUCGGACCCGGAUGACAUCACCGCGGGGGGCAAAGGCUACAUCAAGUGUGACAUUUCCGUGGUGGCCAAAGGAGACACGGUCAAGAGUCCUCACAAGUCCAACGAGGCGGACGAGGACGACAUCGAGGGGAACCUCCUGGUGCCCGAGGGCGUCCCGGCAGAGCGCCAGUGGGCGCGCUACUACCUGAAGGUCUACAGGGCCGAGGGCCUCCCCCGCAUGAACACCAGCCUCAUGGCCAACGUCAAGAAGGCCUUCAUCGGGGAAAACAAGGACCUGGUGGAUCCCUACGUUCAGGGGAAAACCUCCGUCCAGAAGAGCUGCUACGAGCCCAUCUGGAACGAGCAGAUUGUCUUCACCGAAAUGUUCCCGCCGCUCUGCAAGCGCAUGAAGAUCCAGAUCCGCGACUCGGACAAAGUCAACGACGUCGCCAUCGGAACUCACUUCCUGGAUCUGCGAAUGAUCUCCAACGACGGCGACAAAGGCUUCCUGCCCACGCUGGGCCCCGCCUGGGUCAACAUGUACGGCUCCACUCGCACCUACACGCUGAUGGACGAGUACCAGGAGCUCAACGAGGGUCUGGGCGAGGGCGUGUCCUUCAGGGCGCGUCUGCUCAUCAGCCUGGGCGUGGAGCUCCUGGACCCCUCCUCCCCGGACAUCAGCAGCUCCACUGAGGUCCAGGUGGAGGGGGUCCCCAACAUCUCCGAGACCGCGACUGGAAAGGUUGAAGAGUUCUUCCUCUUCGGCUCCUUCCUGGAGGCCACCAUGAUUGACCGGAAGAUCGGGGACAAGCCCAUCAACUUUGAAGUCACCAUUGGUUACUACGGCAACGAAAACGACGGGGUCGUGACCCCCAAAUCUGGGAAGAAGGGAGGGAACGGAGACGAGGAGGAAACUGAGCUGAUCCACAACUCCAGCGAUGAGGAGAUGGACGACGACGGAGAUCUGACCUCGGUGGCCACCACCCCUCCCAUGAAGCCCGUCGUCACCGACCGGAAUUACUUCCACCUGCCCUACUUCGAGCGGAAGCCCUGCGUCUACAUCAAGAGCUGGUGGCAGGACCAGAGGCGCAGGCUGUACAACGCCAACAUCAUCGACAACUUGGCCGACAAACUGGAGGACGGACUGAACGACGUGCAGGAGAUCAUCAAGACGGAGAAGCCGUAUCCGGAGCGAAGGCUGCGGGGAGUUCUGGAGGAGCUGAGCCAGGGCUGCGGCAACUUUCUGGUGCUGGCCAACAAGGACCAGAACCAGUCGGGCCGGACCAAGCUGGACAGGGAGCGGCUGAAGCUGUGCAUGGCCGAAGUGGAGAGCGUUGGGCAGCAAGCCAAGGUCAUGAGGUCGCAGGUGAAGAAGAGCACGGUGAGGGACAAGAUCAAACUGGCCCACAACUUCCUGCAGAAGCUGCGCUUCAUGGCCGACGAGCCCCAGCACAGCGUCCCGGACGUCUUCAUCUGGAUGAUCAGCAACGGCAAGCGCGUGGCCUACGCUCGGGUCCCGUCCAAGGACAUCCUCUUCUCCAGCAUCCACCAGGAGAGAGGGAAGGACUGCGGCAAAGUCCAGACCAUCUUCCUGCGGAUCCCGGGGAGGAAGGGCUUCGGCCCCGCCGGCUGGACGGUCCAGUCCAAGAUAGAGAUCUACCUCUGGCUGGGGCUCAACAAGCAGCGCAAAGACUUCCUGUCGGGUCUGCCCAACGGCUUCGAGGAGAACCGGCUGUCCAAGGGGCCCGGGCUGCCCUUCUCCCCGCCCAUCAGCCUCACCUACAUGAUGAAACAGAUCUUCCAGCUGAGGGUGCACAUGUAUCAGGCUCGCAGCCUCUUCGCCGCUGACAGCACCGGCCUAUCGGAUCCCUUCGCCCGAGUCUUCUUCUCCACACAGAGUCAGGUCACCGAGGUUCUGCCCGAGACCCUGUGCCCCACCUGGGAUCAGCUGCUGGUCUUUGAAAACGUGGAACUAUUUGGAGAAGCCACGGAGCUGCGCGACGACCCGCCCAUCAUCGUGAUCGAGAUCUACGACCAGGACACAGUGGGAAAGGCCGAGUUCAUGGGCCGCACCUUUGCCAAGCCUGUGGUCAAGAUGGCGGACGAGCACUACGGCCCCCCGCGCUUCCCCCCGCAGCUGGAGUACUAUCAGAUCUACCGCGGGAACUGCACGGCCGGAGAGAUGCUGGCGGCCUUCGAGCUGCUGCAGAUCGGUCCCAACGGAAAAGCCGACCUGCCACCAAUCGAGGGUCCCACAGAUAUGGAACGCGGCCCAAUUCUACCGGUUCCUCUGGGAAUCAGACCAGUGCUCAGCAAGUACAGGAUCGAGGUGUUGUUCUGGGGACUGAGAGACCUGAAGCGGGUCAACCUGGCCCAGGUGGACCGGCCCCGGGUGGACAUCGAGUGCGCCGGGAAAGGGGUCCAGUCGGCCCUCAUCCCCAACUACAAGAAAAACCCCAACUUCAGCACCUUGGUCAAGUGGUUUGAAGUGGACCUGCCUGAGAACGAGCUGCUCCAUCCGCCUCUCAACAUCCGCGUGGUGGACUGCAGAGCGUUCGGCCGUUACACUCUGGUGGGCUCCAACGCCGUCACCAGCCUGCGCAAGUUCAUCUACCGGCCGUCGGACAAGCAGAGCCACGGCUGCUCCACCACAGAGGAGAUCGUCGUGGUCAGCAUGGAGCCAGAAGCAACCUUUAAGAAGAUGGAGACUGUGGUGAAACUGGAGUCGAGCUCCGACGCUGUGGUGAAGAUCGAAGACGACGACAAGGACGGGAAGGGCAAGAAGAAGAAGAGGAAGAAGGGCGAGGAGGUGGAGGAGGAGGAGCUGGACGAGAGCAUGCUGGACUGGUGGUCCAAGUACUUCGCCUCCAUCGACACUCUGACCGAGGCGCUCAGGGCUCAGGAGGCGGCUCUCUCGGACUCUGAGGACAAGGAGGACGUGGACCUGGCCGACGGUGCAGAUGUCAAACCUGAUGACUCUCCUGUAAAAGGCUCCAAGAGAGGAAAGGGGAAAAAGAAAAAGCCGGCACUGGAUCCUCUGGAGAAGAAGAAGCCCAAGCUGGAUGAGCUGAAGGUCUAUCCCAAAGAGCUGGAGAGCGACUUUGACGUCUUCGAGGACUGGCUGCACAGCUUCAACCUGUUCCGGGGGAAGGGCGGCGACGACGACGACCAAAACGUGGCCGACGAGGACAGGAUCGUCGGCAAGUUCAAGGGAUCCCUGUGCAUGUACAAGGUGUCGGAGGACGCGGCCAGAGAGGUGACCUUCGACUCCAGCAUGGGCAUGUUCCAGAACAUUCCUCACAACGAUCCCAUCAACGUCCUGGUCCGAGUCUACGUCAUCAGGGCCACCGACCUCCACCCGGCCGACAUCAACGGCAAGGCCGACCCCUACAUCGCCAUCAGGCUGGGCAAGACGGAGAUCAAGGACAAGGAGAACUACAUCUCCAAACAGCUCAACCCUCUGUUUGGCAAGUCAUUCGACAUCGAAGCCACCUUCCCAAUGGACUCCACUCUGACCGUCUCCAUCUAUGACUGGGACCUGGUGGGGACCGACGACCUGAUCGGAGAAACCAAGAUCGACUUGGAGAAUCGCUUCUACAGCAAACACAGAGCCACGUGCGGCAUCUCCUGCAGCUACGCCAUCCACGGUUACAACAUCUGGAGGGACCCCAUGAAGCCCACGCAGAUCCUGGCCAAGCUGUGCAAGGACGGCAAAGUGGACGGUCCUCACUACGGCCCGGGCGGACGGGUGAAGGUGGAGAACCGCGUCUUCAUGGCGCCGACAGAGAUCGAGGACGAGAACGGUUUGAAGAAGCAGACGGAGGAGCACCUGGCGCUGACGGUGCUCAACCACUGGGAGGAGAUCCCCCGCGUGGGCUGCAAACUGGUCCCCGAACACGUGGAGACCCGCCCCCUGCUGCACCCCGACAAGCCGGGAAUCGAGCAGGGCAGGAUCGAGAUGUGGGUGGACAUGUUCCCCAAGGACAUGACGGCGCCGGGCCCUGCCCUGGACAUCUCGCCCAGGAAACCAAAGAAGUUCGAGCUGCGGGUCAUCAUCUGGAACACGGACGAGGUGGUCCUGGAGGAUGACGACAUCUUCACCGGAGAGAAGUCCAGCGACAUCUUUGUGAGAGGGUGGCUGAAGGGUCAGCAGGAGGACAAGCAGGACACGGACGUGCACUACCACUCCAUCACCGGCGAGGGCAACUUCAACUGGCGCUUCAUCUACCCCUUCGACUACCUGAUGGCCGAGGAGAAGAUCGUCAUCUCCAAGAAGGAGUCCAUGUUUGCCUGGGACGAGACGGAGUACAAGAUCCCAGCUCGGCUCAACCUGCAGGUCUGGGACGCCGACCACUUCUCGGCCGACGACUUCCUAGGUGCAAUUGAGCUGGACCUCAACCGCUUCCCGCGAGGGGCCAAGACCGCCAAGCAGUGCACCAUCGAGAUGGUGACCAACGAGGCCGAGAUGCCCACGGUGUCCAUCUUCAAGCAGAAGAGGAUCAAAGGCUGGUGGCCCUUCGUCGCCCGGAACGAGGACGACGAGUUCGAACUGACCGGAAAGGUGGAGGCCGAGCUCCACCUGCUGACGGGGGAGGAGGCGGAGAAGAGUCCGGCGGGCGAGGGGCGGAAUGAGCCGGAGCCUCUGGAGAAACCCAACCGCCCAGACACCAGCCUGCUGUGGUUCCUCACGCCCUUCAAAGCCAUCAAGCACUUGCUGUGCACGCAGUACAGGUGGCUGACCAUCAAGCUGGUCAGCGCGCUGCUGCUGCUGGCGCUGCUGGGCCUCUUCCUCUAUAGCAUGCCCGGCUACAUGGUCAAGAAGAUCCUCGGGGCUUGAGGGCCCGGCCGGGGCCGCCCUCCUCGCUUAGACAUGUGACUUCAGUUCUGGAAUAAAGCGUUGUUGGGCGGCGUGUGGCUUUUCUUGGGCUGU